CUAAAAGGUUUACUAUUUCAAACUUAGAACCAAAAAAGUAAUUCACAGAGAUAAGGAAAAAAAAUAGCUAGUUUUCUUCUUUCUUGGUAAAACAAUUGUGAUAAAUGGAAAUAACUAUAGAAAGAUCUAGAAUUAUACAAAAUAUACUAUAGAAAUAUUUGUUAUUAAUUAUUAUACAGUAAGGUCUCUCCUAUAUAUAUAUAUGUAUCUGGUAAGAUGUAUCUUUGUUCUCAUACCUACAAAAAGACCUAGGUUCCAUCCUACUUUUUCUUGCUCCUCCGUGGGUGGUGAUCUUUCUCAAACGUUCACAUCCCUAAUAUUGACACCAUGGCCGCCACAGAAGGACAACAAGUCAUGGCUCUCAUCAGCAAGCGUCUCCGUACUCACCGCAAGAAAUACAACCGAAUCACUGAGAUGGAAGAGUCUAUUUCUCAGGGUAAAACACUCAACAAGGAGCAAGAAGAAGCCAUCCGCUCUAAGCCAAUCGUCACCGCCCUUAUCCAAGAGCUCGAAAAGCUCUGCGUUCCUCCUCCUUCCGCCGCCGUUUCAGAAGAGAUCAGCCUCCCUGCAGCUAAGAAAAACAAAAAGCAAAAGGCACGUAAAGAGAUGGUGCCUGAGGAGAAAGACGUGACUUCCAAGGCAGACGUGGAGGAUUGCAAGGUCUCUGAUGAGGUUCCCAAAGACAAUAUAUCUUCUUGUAGCGAAAGCUCUCAAGACGUUACACCAUCGCCACCUUCUACAAGUAGUGGAAAGGCACAACGUAAAAAGAAGUCUAAGAAGCCUCAGACCACGAAGUGAUUGUGUCUCCAACUUCUGUCCGUAGCGGAAGUCUAUACAGAGACAAUAACUGGAGUUGCUUUGGUCACAAGUUUCUUUUGCGUUGUCUUUCUUUCUGCUAAUUUUGAUUUAUUUAUAUUUGCCACAUGGAA